AUGUCGUUAUAUCCAAAUGCAACCAUUGCGGUUAUCAUUUGUACCGUAUUUCCAAUUAUGUCUGGAUUAGCCGUGGGUUUGAGAUCCUAUGCCCAUAGAAGACUUUUAGGAAGUCCUUUUCGCACUGAUGACUAUCUCAUUAUUUUUGGACAGAUAAUCGCCCUCUCAACAUGUAUAAUGGGGGUCUAUGGCGCUUGUGAAGCAGGAUUUGGAUGGCCACUCCGAGAAAUUGCUCGAUUUGGCGUUCAAGAGUCAUUCGGCAAGAUGGUCCUCGUUAGUCACGUAUUAUGGGCAAGUUCUAUUUCUGUGAUUAGAAUUGCAUUGCUGUUCUACUAUCGACGAUUGUUCUCCACACGAACUUUCAUGAUCGCGGAUACGACUGUGAUUUUUCUCUCGGUAUUGUGGUGGUUGACGGCAAUUUUGACAACAACGAUAUCAUUCACUUGGAAUCCUCAAUUCCAGCAAACCCAAUUCAGCAUUAACUUUUUCGCUUGGAUGAUAGCAGCAACUGUCAUGAAUAUCUCUCUUGAUAUCGCAACACUCACUUUACCCGUAUUCGUGAUUGGAAGUUUGAAGUUGAGUGGGAACAAGAAGAUAAUGGUCUCUGGAAUUUUCACACUUGGUAUCUUCUGCAUCAUUGCAUCAGUAGUACGUCUUUACUAUAUCGUCACAUUCUACAUCAUCAAACAUCCUACCCCCGAAGAAUCAGCUUCGGCAAUAUUCCACGCUUUUAUCUGGGCUAUAAUAGAACCUUGUACUAGUAUUAUAGCAGCUAGUCUUCCUACCUAUGCACCCAUCAUUAAGAAACUUUAUUCAAAGGGUUAUCUUAACGCAUUGGGACCGUUUUCUAGUCGUAAAGAUACGAUUGAUAGUGUUAAAAAAAGUACUACGCGUGUUGGAACUAAUGGGGUUGGUGCUAGGAAUGAUACUCAGGUAUCUGGGAGACCGGAGAGAUCUGGUGGAAAGGGAUGGACUGAGUUGAGGAGUCCGAGGGGGGUGGAUGUUUUCGGUGGGAAUGAAAUUGGUAUUGGUAAUGAUGAUGAUAAUAAAAUCGGUAUGGGAAGGAAAGAGGGACUUGAGAUGCAUGUUUUGAAUAAGCCGGGAGAUGUGCAUAUGGGAUGA